AUGCUCGGAAUAGAAAAUCAACCUAAUGUCCACUUCGACAAUCAUGCACCGACGCACUGCGAAGCUGCCAUGCUCAUGGAGGAGCUAGGCCGCGCUAGCAAACCCGUAGGGGAGUGGAACGAGAGCCAAAGAGACCAAAUAAUGGAACGCUUUCGUUUCUUCACCAACAGUCUUCUGGAACGGAGGGCCGCCGCGGAGGCCGAUAACAAGAUCCUCUUCUUCAAAGACCACCCUCAAUUUAUCUGGCGUCUGGAUGCUCGCGUGAAACGGAGCCAUGACAUAUUCGACGCCAUACUGCCACAGCCCGGCGAAGACGCCCAUCAAGCGGCAGCAGCAGCGACAAAUCCAACAAUCCUCCCCGUUGAAUGCCUCACAUCCUCGCGGGUGGUCAUCUCUGUCCGACACCCAGCCUUAUCUUUCCCCUCGGUCUUCCGUGGACACCUUGAACUUCGACUCCAGGAUCCUGAAAAUUGGAGAGGGGAGCUGAUGCGAUCCUGGAUGACCCUCUCCUACUCGCGUGUCCUGUACGACUGGUACCGAUCAUACGCCCAAGAAAACAAAACCCACGAGACCCCGGCAGAUCCAAUCAUCGUCGGCAUGAAAGACCUCAUUGACGACCCCAGUCUCGUGUCCAGACUGGCUACGUCCUUGGGCUUGGACCCAUCUAAAGUCCUGACGGAAUGGGACACAAGGUCCCAACCGGAAGAUGAUCGUAUCCUGAGAAAAGUCUACAGUCGCUCGAUUAACCAGGCGACUGGGGUGCUGAAGGAGAAGGCACCCGACACGGUCGAUCUGGAGCUGGAAAAAACGAAGUGGGUGAAGGAAUUUGGGGAAGACGCUGCUGCUAUCCUUGCCGAUUGUGUGGAACAGGCUAUGCCGGACUAUGAGUAUUUGAUGGCUCAGAGGCUACGAUGA